UUGACGGCGAAAGUACGAGGGUGCGUUGUUGGAUGGAUGGAAACUUGUAGAAGUGUACUAGUAAAGAAUUCAAAACAACAACAUUGGCCACUGUCAAAUUCUUAAACCGGAGAUAAUCGAUUAUUCGAAAACUUUGUUAACAAUUAACUGGACGAUUUUAUGCUGACGGAUCAUAACUAACGAUAGGGUUAAUACGUGUUGACAUUUGUCUCGUCAAUAUACAUUAUUGUAUUAUUUUAUUACCCCGUCCCACGAACCUCCCUUGCUCAAAGGAGAAAAUCUUAGUACUUCGCGACAAUGGGGGACUUGGUAAGAUUUACUAAACUGAGGUCUGCGAUGGACCCAGGGUUCUGGGCAAAACUUGCAGAACUCAAGCUAGACAAAUUCAAACUCGAUGAUGAAAUCAAAAUACCUUUAUGGGCCAGUUACAACCUUGAUAAUCACAGUGAUGAGAAAGGCCACCCUCUAAUGUUCGACUGCACCUCAUUCAACGAAGGUCUGGGGACAACGUCCCAUCGUUUGGCAGUUGCCUGCUCUGGUUUCUUAAUCAACACAAAUACUUAUGAAGCAUUCCGUGGACUACAGCCAGAAAACUUUAUUGAUCAAACUAGCCAGCUCCUGUUAGAGUCCAUCAAAGACGGCAGUGCUUUAAGAGAACCUUGCCGUCUUGCAUUUUUUAUUCUUCUGUCUUUUGCUGACUUAAAGAGAUACAGAUUCCACUACUGGGCUGCUUACCCGACAUUUUUCAACUUGCCAGAACUUUAUCACAAGAGCGAUCCACUAUGUGCCAGAACUCAAUUGAGCCAUCAACAGUUGGAACAAUUGAAUAAUGGUUUUAUCUCUUUAGAUGAAAAGCAAAAAGCAUUUUUUACAGUUCUUAUAUCAGCCAAAGGUCAGCUACAUGUCUGUAAUCUUACAGACGGUGUGAAUCUGAUGGAAAAAAAUACAAAAGAAGUUAAAAAUGCGGAGCAGGGAACUGGAGAAAUUUACUUUGGUUUUUAUGAUCCCUGUAGCAGUCCCGAGCCUGGUUGGCCACUUCGCAAUUUGCUUUGCUUACUCUUCUGGCACUGCCCAAAGUCCUCUUUUAAUAGUAUAAUCAAAAUUAUUGCCAUGCGAGGACCUGAAGCAAAAGAUGCCAUUAUAUUUACAAUACAGACCAAAGACUACGACAAGCCAAAUGCCAUUCGACAGAAAAUCUUUGAGGGACGAUUUGUGGGGUGGGAAAGAAGUCAGGGAGGUAAAAUGGGCCCGAAUAUAACAGACUUAUCAGAUUCUCUGGAUGUCAUCAAGCUUUCAGAAAGGGCAGUUAAUCUCAAUCUGAAACUGAUGAAAUGGCGACUAGUUCCUGGAUUGGAUUUGGAGAAAAUUGAAAAAACUCGUUGUUUGUUGCUCGGUGCCGGAACUUUGGGAUGUUCCGUAGCAAGGGUGCUACUUGGAUGGGGUGUUCGUAAAUUAACACUGGUGGACAGCUCUACCGUCUCACAGAGUAAUCCUGUCCGACAGAGUCUCUACACUCAUGCGGAUGCUGUACAACGAAAAUACAAGGCGGAGGCAGCCAAAGAAGCCUUGCUUCAAAUUCAUCCUAGCCUAGAUGUAGAGAGCGUCAUUCUGCACAUCCCAAUGCCUGGGCAUGUGGUGGGGCCCAGUAUGAUGGAAAGUACAAAUUCGGCUAUAAGACAGCUAGAAGAAUUAGUUGCUCGGCAUGACGUUAUUUUCCUUCUUUUGGACUCUCGUGAGGCUAGAUGGUUGCCAACCCUUUUAUCAGCUGCCAAUGGAAAAUUGGCGAUCAAUGCAGCACUGGGAUUUGACUCAUAUACUGUACAACGACAUGGUACUCGAAAUAGCGCAAAACCAGACUCUCCAGACCUGAUGAUGCAAAACCCUGCUGGACCUGAUCUCGGCUGUUACUUUUGUAACGAUAUCACCCAGCCUGGAAACUCACAAGCAGACAGAACACUCGAUCAGCAAUGCACAGUGAGUCGUCCUGGUCUGGCGCAAGUGGCAGGUGGCCUUGCAGUUGAACUCAUGGUUUCCCUUACCCAACAUCCAGAAUAUGCCGAUGCGAGAGCAUUAAUGGCUAACAAUCAAGGUGAGCCUUGCCUAGACAGUAAAAUCGGAACCGUCGGCUUACUGGGAGGAGUACCUCACACCAUCCGAGGAUCUCUAUGGGGUUACGAGACACGCUUGACUGUUACCCACAGGUUUCCUGCUUGCACAGCUUGCUCCACACCUCUGAUUGAAGAAUACCACAAGCGAGGUGUUGACUUCAUUUUGGAUGCAUGUAAUGAGCCCAAUUAUCUGGAGCAUCUGACUGGUCUUGACGAUCUCCUGAAACGACCCGACUUGGAUGAGCUAUGUUACGCGCUUGACUCUUCAAGUGAAGAUGAAGACGGGGAUGGUAUAAAUAAAGUAGAAUAAUCCUGAAGGAAAAUAGUUUCAGAGGGUAGACGUAUAUGCAAAAAAUUAUCAACUAAUUGAUACUUUUAGGAAAGAAAAUUAGCAUGGGGAACAACUUACACCUACUCCCAGGCAGCUAAACUGUUGCAUAAUUACGUACUUAACAAACAAUAAUCAUAUACAGAUCGGAAAAAGUAAUAAUAAAAGAAACGGUUUGUAGGCGGGAUGACUCGUGAACGCAUGGAUUUGGAAAUGAUAACUUGAGUACAGAUGUGGAUGUGAAGUAUGAUUGUACAGAGAUUAGAAAGUAAGUUUGUGUACAGUUUAAAAUCUAUUUUUACGCGGACCUUAUGUGAAUUUUAUUGUGAAGCUACCUUCCUAACUAAUAAAUUUUUUAUUCCGAAUA